AUGUACAAUAAAUGGGAUCGUUGCACAAAAUACGUGUGCGUAAAAAGAUCGAAGUUUCUAUGGCGGUUUGUGGCGUUUGCGUGUUAUCCCAGGUCACCGAAAUUCAUGCAGUCACCGCCGAUUGAAUCCUACAGGGGUUGGUGGACCAUCCCGUAUUUCUCCUGCAAAAGUCAUCGCUGGUUGAUUUCGUACAGUGUUAACAUACGGCCACUAGAUGCUCGUCAUGGGGUUCGAGAAUUCUUAAGCGUAGAUAUCGAUAUCAGCGGGCUAGAAAUAAAUCAAUGUGACGCAUCGUCUUUAAAUAAUGAGAAUGAACUUCUAAGUAAUCAAAUAGCAUCUUUUAAAGGCACGCACAAAUGUCAUACCGACACAACGCAGUGUGAACAUCAAACUCCAAAUAAUCGUGUAAAUGAAAACGGUGUCGGUGCUGGUUGGGCGAAAGGUGCAUAUGUAUGCAAAUGUCGGAAAGGUUAUUACAGCAAGAACCAACAUCAAUCCGCUUUUGAUGGAAUUCUCGUCGAGGCUGCGUGGAAGGAAAUGCAAGAGAACAUAAGUGAUUCAUACGUAACGAUGUUUCGCUGUUUGCGUUGUGCACCGGGAUGUGCUAAAUGUAAGGGACCUGAACCCUGUCUAGCCACCUACAAUUGGUCCAUCCGAAUCACUCUUCUAUCGGUCUCUAUUUUCUGUGUAUUUGGUACUAUUAUCCUCGUGGUCUAUAUGUAUCAACAGCGUAAGCUUAAAGUGUUCAAGGUCGCUUCGCCGAUAUUUUUGUCCAUUACGCUUUUGGGUUGUGCUAUCAUGUAUCUCGAAAUGGCUGCAAUAUUUCCCGUUUUGGACAUGUACUCGUGCAUUGCCACGAAAUGGACGAGACAUCUUGGUUUUUGUAUUUCUUAUACUGCAUUGUUAAUGAAAACUUGGAGAGUUUCUCUCACAUAUCGUGUGAAAAGCGCGCAUAAGGUAAAACUCACGGAUAAACAACUACUGCAGUGGAUGUUUCCAAUAUUGUUAGUAAUGUUAAUUUAUCUUGGUACGUGGACUUUGAGUGCACCGCCGUAUGCUGAAGUAAUAGCUGACAAUUAUGGUCUGAAAUUCUACCAAUGCUCUUUCAACUGGUGGGACCAUAGUUUAGCAAUCGGGGAAAUUAUGUUUCUUGCAUGGGGCAUUAAAGUGUGUUACAACGUUCGCAACGCAGAAAGUCUUUUCAACGAGGCCCGUUUAAUAAGCUACGCUAUUUAUAAUAUAGCAGCUGUGAAUAUAACCAUGAUCGCUAUUCAUCUUUUCAUUUUUCCUCAUGCUGGCCCAGAUAUCAAAUAUUUAUUAGGUUUCUUACGUACACAGCUGUCUACUUCUGUCACCAUAUUUCUUGUAUUUGGACCCAAGGUGCUUCGAGUUUUACGAGGUCAAGGUGAUCAAUGGGAUAGUCGUGCUAGAGCCCGUGGUGUUACAGCGAGUUUCUCAUUAAACGGCAUCGGCCUUGUAUCCGAAGAAGCGACUGAUCUACAUCAGGAGAACGAGGAACUGAAGGAAGAAAUUCAAAAAUUAGCAGCGCAAAUUGAAUUUAUGAAAAUCGUACAUAUGGAAAUGUACAAUCGUCAUAUAAAACCGAAAGCAGGUGGAUAUUUCACUACUCAUGGGCAUAGUCACAGUCAUCCGUCCUCGGCACAGAGUCCCAUUGCCAAAAGUUCGACAGCCAGUUUUAUAUUGAAAACGGCCGUGGAGCGAGGUGCGAGUGCGGCCGCGGCUGCCGCGGUCGAAGAUUCCACUUUUCCUUCUGGGAGCUUGCAUCGGGCACGUAGGAUGGAAUUCCUUAGAGAGCGCAAAGCUGAGAGGGAAAGAGAACGGGAGAAGGGACGGGAAAAGGAGAGGGAGAAGGAAAAAGAGAAGUACAAAGAAAAAUGUAAGGAGAAGGAGAAAGAGAAAGAAAAGGAAAAGGAAGGGACGGCGAAGGAGAAAGAAGCGGAAAUGGAAAGAGAGAAGAAUAAAGAGAAACAAGCAGAGAAGGAAAAAGAAAAGCAGGAUAGAAAACUAGAAGAGAAUGUUGAAACAGGCGGAGAAAUAUGGUUAUGACAAACGCAAAGCACUAAGAAGGAUAGAAAAACGAAAGAGAAAUAUGACUGGAAGAAUAAGAAGCAAAAGAAGCAAAAGAAACAAAGGAAACUUAAAUGGUAUCCUUUAACGGACAAAAGGCGUUCAUUAGGUUUGUAUAAAUCAAAGAACUACGUAAUCAGUAAAUAGUGAAUACUAAAUCCGUAUAACGUGCAUAACGUGUCAUUUGCUUGUGGUGGCAAUGUCUCCUUGUUAGCUUUAUUGUAAAUUAUCUAUGUGACCACCA